UAUUCACGCUGCAGGACCUCGCUGCAUCAGCAGACAGACGAAAUAUGUACAUCGUCGCUCUUCUGGUCGUCGCGACGGCGCUAGGCAAGCAUAUGACGUCUGCAAUUUGUCCACCAGAUGUGGGGUGUUUCCCUUCGUCUGGCAACAUCGCUUUCGCUCGCACAGCGUAUGCUAACUCGACAUGCGGGCAUCCAGCACAUGAAUUCGAGAUUGCGAUGUCGGGAGCGGUCGACUUUUGCAACUCGACCAUUGAUGCUCAGUCUCACCCGGCCGACCUUGUGAACGACAACGACACAGCGACGUUUUGGUUGUCUGAACUCUUCACUUCGUUCGUUACAUUACAACUCAAUUUCAGCUUUCCGAUGCGGCUAGAGAGGUCGACGUUGACGUUCAGAUCGUACAGACCGAGUCGUAUGGUGCUAGAGAAGUCGAGUGAUUAUGGUGUUACGUGGACUGUCUAUCAGUACUAUGCGUUCCCUUGCCAAAAUUUGGAUGAUGGAUUGUUCCGUGGAGUGGCGGUUGGAGAGCGAGGAAUGUUGUCAAACCACUCAACGCAGGCGUUCUGUGUGAGAAGUGAUUCUAUUCCUGGCAAUCCUGAUCAGUUUGGAACGGUUGAAUUCAGAGCUGAUGAGAGGUUUGGCAAUAAUGGUUUUGAUAACCAGACAAUCAUUAAUCAUCUUAUUAUUACAAAUAUUCGUGCUCGUUUUCGUGGAUUGUAUACACUUGGAGAUGAACUUGUCGACCAGUCUGAAUCUGUUUUACGGAAAUACUUCUAUUCUGUGACUGAGUGGGUAGUAGAGGGUCAUUGCUACUGCAAUGGUCACGCUGAAAAGUGUGUACAACGAGGUGGAGAAGCAACACCAGGAGGAAAGGUUUUAAGUGGAUGUGAGUGUCAACAUAAUACAACUGGUGAUCAUUGUGAAAAGUGUCUUCCUCUGUACAACAACAAGCCAUUUGAGAAAGGAAAUUCCACUCAUUCAAAUCCAUGCGAACUUUGUGAAUGUCACGGGCAUAGCCUCAAUUGUGUGUAUAACUCAUCAAGAGGAUACGGAGUGUGUCAGAACUGCACGCAUAAUACAAAAGGAGAGAUGUGCGAGAGAUGUGUAUCAACGUUCUAUGCUGAUCCUGCUAGGAAUUUUGACAGUCCCAAUGCCUGUGCUGAGUGCAAUUGCUCUGCAAGUGGCUCUUCGUCUAUGGAGUGUGAUGGCUUGGGAAGUUGUAUGUGUAAGAGAAAUGUGGAGGGUACGAAAUGUACCGAGUGCAAACCAGGAUUCUUUAACAUGCAAGCUGAUAAUGUGAAUGGCUGUCAAGCAUGCAAUUGCUCAGUAGCAGGAACACAGGGCGGUAGUACUAGUUGUAAUAAAAUCGAUGGCUCAUGUCAGUGCAAGAGUAAUGUUUCUGGUUUCUUGUGUGACAGCUGUAAGGCUGGCUACUAUAGUUUGGAUGCUCUUAACCCGGCUGGCUGUACUGCUUGUGGCUGCUCUCUAUCAACAGCUCUUUCAUUGGAAUGUCACCAGCUCACAGGCCAAUGUAGGUGCAGGCAAGGUCUCACUGGUCGUACCUGCAAUGAAACUGAAAGUGGACAGUACAUUCCUUACUUGGAAGGAUUUGUGUAUGAGGCAGAAAGAGCACAGCUGUUUGGUGCAGCUAGUGUUGUUGAAACUGCUUCAUUAUUUACGGGAACCGGCUUUGCUUGUCUUUCCAAAGCUGGAGAUCGUGUGGUGUGGCUUGUGACUGUACCCCCCAGGACAAUCAAUUACACAAUAAUAAUUCGCUAUCGAGCCGCUACUAAUGUGGACAGUGUUGCAGUGAAUGUAACAGGAGGUCCAUUGAUGGAGCCCUACAUAUGUCCAGGCUUGUCUUCAAUGUUUUCUGGAACAUCAAUAUUGUACACAAGAACAUCUUGGCCGACAGCAGCUUUAGGAAGUGGUAGAGCACUGUUUGAGGCCUGUGAGCAGGCAAAUCGGAAAAUUCAAGUUGAGCUAACGUAUCAACCAGAUAAUAUAACAACAGAGUGGUGUAUUGAUUCUCUUGUCUUGAUGCCAAAUCGUGAACAUGUACUACCAUUUACUGAGUUGUCACAAGGCUCUCCUCAGCAGCAGGAGACAUCAAAUUGCUACGUUAAUCGAGAAUUGGUGUCUUCAUAUCCUUCUUCUCUCACCCCAUCAUGUACUCAACACACAUUUCUUGCUAAUGCCUGGCUCUUCAACGGGACUGUUGAUUGCCAGUGUCAUGAUGAAGGAUCAAUGUCAAGUAUGUGCCAGUCACUUGGAGGUGAUUGUCUUUGCCGAAGCAAUGUUAUAGGCAGAUCGUGCUCUGACUGUGCAUAUAGCUACUUUAAUCUAAGUCCAUCCGGCUGUCAAGAAUGUGGCUGCUCUUCUCUGGGGAGUGUUGAAAGUCAUUGUAAUGUAUCUACUGGCGAAUGUGUGUGUCGACCGUUUACGAUUGGAGUCAAAUGUGACUCUUGUGCAAGUAACUACUUCAACCUGUCAAGCUGCAGAGAGUGCGGUUGUCAUCCCAACUACUCUCGGUCACUUCAGUGUGACAGUGAAGGAGUGUGUCAGUGCGAGAACGCUGUUGGUGGUGAUAAGUGUGAUGAGGGUUGUUUGCCAUCGUUCUUCAAUUUAAGUGACACUGGAUGCAGCGGUUGUAGCUGUGAUGCAGUGGGCAGCACCAAUGCAUCAUGUGAUGUCACAUCUGGCCAGUGCUCUUGUCGAAGUGGUGCUACUGGAGUAACUUGUGAUAUGUGUCAGGAUGGAUUCUUUGAUUUUAGCUUAGAUAACAAUGAGGCUUGCCUCACCUGUUUUUGUUAUGGUCACUCAACUCAAUGUUUGUCUGCAACAGGGUUCAGUCUUGCUGAGAUCAAAGAUGAUUUCGAAGAUGGUAAUGCUAAUGGCUGGACAGGGGUUGAUUUAUCAGGGUCUUCUUCUCCAGUUAUUCCCACUUUGGACUUGGAUCCUAUGUUGCAAAAUCGAUUUGUCCUGCAAGGCUUUCGUUUCAAUUCAUUUGGAUAUUUCAGUGCUUCUAAGAGAUUUUUGGGCAAUAAACGAUUGUCUUAUGCGCAGACACUUAGCUUUGAUCUUCGUUUGGUAUCACUUCUCCCAGAGAUAACAAUGGCAAUGAGUAUGAGGGAUGGAGAUGUAGUCAUAAAAGGGCGUUCAUUGCAAACACGUAUUGUAGCAAGCUUGCCACAUACUCCUACUGCACAGUUUCACAGAUUUAAGGUGCAACUGGUGGAGACUAAUUUUUACUGGGGUGAUAUGAAUAGUCGACAGGUGACAGUGAAAGAAAUGUUUGAUGCUCUACUUGACAUCGAGUAUCUUUGGAUACGUGGCAACUAUGGACAAACUACAGCCGAUCCUUAUAUUGAUAACAUUGUACUUGGAAUUGCUGUGCAAAAUGUAACUGAGCUAUCUAAUGUGGAGAAUUGUACAUGCCCAGAAGGUCACACUGGCUUGUCUUGUGAACAAUGUCAGUCAGGCUACAAACGAGCUGUUGUUAAUGGCACAGUUUAUGAGCGUUGUGUGCUUUGUGAAUGCAACCAACAUGCAACUAUUUGUGCUGUCGACACAGGAGUUUGUCAAAGCUGCAGUGACAACACUGAUGGAGACUUUUGUCAGCAUUGUGUUCCAGGGUAUUUUGGAAAUGCUACACAAGGAAAAGCUGAUGAUUGUCAAAAAUGUCCAUGUCCUCUGACUGAUACAUCUAAUCAGUUUAGUCCAACAUGCUUUCUUGAUUUGGAUGGAUUGGCUACAUGUGAUUCGUGUCGUGUGGGUCAUGUUGGACGACGAUGUGAGAGCUGUGAUGACGGAUACUAUGGACAACCUGAGAUUGCUGGCGGAAGUUGUCAGGUGUGUCAAUGUAGCAACAAUAUCAAUCUGAAUGAGAGUGGCAACUGCAACACAACAACAGGAGAAUGUUUGAAGUGUGUCAACAACACUGGUGGAUUUUUGUGUGAAAGAUGUUCAGAUGGUUACUUUGGUAAUGCAUUGAACGACAGCUGCCAAGGUUGUAGCUGUAACUUGACUGGCUCUGUGAACAACAUUUGUGAUCAAGUGACAGGGAAAUGUCAGUGCCGACCAGGAGUGAUUGGAAUCAAGUGCGAUCGAUGUGCUCCUCUCCACUUUGGAUAUGACAGUGGUGCUGGUUGUCAUUCAUGUAACUGUAGUGUUCUGGGAUCACAGAAUAGUACAUGUGACUUAGUCAGUGGACGGUGUUACUGUAAGAAUGGAGUUGAUGUCACUGAUAGGAAAUGUGCUACAUGCCAAAAUGGGUUCUAUAACCUUUCAUCAGCUGGUUGUCAAGCAUGUGACUGCAACACUACCAAUAGCCUUGGUGGAUCAGCGGUGUGUAACAAGGUGACUGGGCAAUGUCUUUGUCGUGUUGGCGUGGUUGGACGCACUUGCACUGAAUGUACUCCAGGUUUUUUUGGUGCACCUCCCAACUGCAUUGGCUGUGGAGAGUGCUAUGACAAUUGGACUCGUCUUAUCGAUGAAGUGAUGUCAUCUAUUGAUAAGGAAGAUGUUCGUCUUGCAGACCUUCUGCAUGAGCAUUAUGACAAUGUUAGUCCUGAACAACUUCAGUUGAAUAUUACUGCUCUUCAAAGGGUGCUUGAUAGCAUCAGCAACUUUAGCAUUGAUACGAUGUCUCUAAAUGCUUCGGUAUCUCAACUUCGUGCUAGCCUAGAUGCUGUUGCAACCAAUUUGGAGCUAAAUGAGAAGUUACGUGACGUAAUAACUGAAAUGCUUUUAGCUACAGAAAAGAGCUUGAAUCGAACUGGCAUGUUUGACAGAACCGUAAUGGUUGAACAUGGAGUGUACCGAACUGCGGAGGAGAUUGAAAGUCAAACUGAGUCAUUUAAUAGGACGGCAUAUUCUGCACUGACUGCUGCUGGAGUACACUUGAAACAAAUUGAAGCAUUUGAUUCGACCAUCCGGAGUUAUAAGAAUCGUUCAAAUGAGGCCUUGCAAUUGGUAAUGAAGGCAAAAGAGGGGCUUGAAGCAGCUAGUAAUGACACAAAUACUGUCAAUAUUAUUGAAGCAGAUUUUACCUCUGUAUAUGAGAACAACACGCAACGACUCAAUUCUCUCACAGCUGAACGGAACUCACUCAAUUCCAGCUUUCGUUUGUAUCUUGGACGGAGCCAGAAUGCAACAGUGCAGGUAGCCGCUUCUAGUGUAGUUGCUAGAAUGGCGUACCAGGUAGCACAAGCAUCAGUGAAGGCUGCAAGCAAGGACAAAGCAGACGCAGACCAAUUGCUUGUAGAUUCAACCACACUAAUGGACCAGGCUAGCUCUGUGUACAACAAUGCAACUGUCUUGAAGGCUGAAGCCACAAGAGUCAAUUCAACUGCUAUUCAAACUCUGUCUGACUUGACAUCCAUCAGAGAUGAUGUUGCUAAGACUGCAACAACUCUAACAGAAGCCAAUACAACAGCUUUUAAUGUGUUGGGACUGUCCUUACCUCCACUGUCUCAGACGAAGAACAUCUCACGUCAGAUUAAUGAAUCAAUCGUUCCCCAAGCUGAGAUCAAUGCAACUAUAGGCCAGUCACAAGAGAGCAAAAAGCAAGCUUUGGAAGUGGUUCAAGUUGCCGAGGAAGCUCAGAAUGUGAGUCAAGGGGCUGCAGACUUUAUUGCUCGUAUUGAAGAGGCAUUGAGCCAAGCGUCUACAGCGAGGCAAGAUGCUCAGCAAACUAUUGACAACACCAAGUUUAUUGUAACUGCUGUAGAAACGGCUCUAGAAAAGGCUAAAAAUGAUAGUAGUGAUACAACAGCAGCAGCUCAACAAGCCAAAGAUGCAGCUGAUAGUGCCAUUGACACUUUGUCGAGAGUAGAAAGGUGUCGGACUGUUUCCUUAGAUACACUUCGAUCUACCGAACAAAAGUCAUUACACAACUGUCAAGUAGUUGGUCUUAAUGUACUGGAAAACUCUACAUCCUAUGCUCAAGCUGCUAAUACAUUGACUGCUAAUUCUUCUGCUACAGUAGCUGCUGCUGACUUAACAACAGUCACACAACUGAGACAAGAAAUUGAAGAUAUAAAUGAACAAGCAAGAAACAACACACAAGUUGAACUUCUAACGAGUCUGCUUAGUGAGUAUAUGAUGGCUAGGACUACUGUUGAAAAUCAGCAAGGAACACUGAAUGCACUGAAGAACGAAAUGGAUGAUUUGCUCCAUCGAAUCGAGACCACGUGCAAGGCAGACAGUUGCUGAUUAAUUCGUUAGUUAUUAGAAAAUGGAAUGGACAACUGACUUCAUCCCAUUGAAAAUUUCUUAUUAAUUAAUUAAUUAGUAAGGGACGAGAUUGCUUGACGAGAUUGCUUGAUUGGGGUUCUAAGAUUACUGGCUAGACAAUAGACACCUCGGUGUCCAUAGAACUGUUAACAAACAUGCUCAAACGAAA